GACGCCCGCACUGUCACUGGGCAGGCGGGGCUUUGGCAGUGGCCGGGAACUCUGCGGCCAGGCUCGGGUCAGCAGGACCAGUUUAGCGCAGCCCUCGGUGCAUCUCCACCCUCGCUCGUCCCUCCCGCGUCGGGAGAGGCGGCGUGUCCGGCGGAGGGUAGCGGGGCGCGGGGCAGGGCUGGAGCGCCAUGAGCAGCCCGGAUGCGGGGUACGCCAGUGACGACCAGAGCCAGCCCCGGAGCGCGCUGCCCACGGUGAUGGCAGGGCUGGGCCCGUGCCCCUGGGCAGAGUCGCUGAGCCCCCUCGGGGACAUGAAGGUGAAGGGCGAGGUGGCAGCGAGCAGCGGAGUGCCGGGGGGCACCGCGGGCCGGGCCAAGGGCGAGUCUCGCAUCCGGCGGCCGAUGAACGCUUUCAUGGUGUGGGCUAAGGACGAGCGCAAGCGACUGGCGCAGCAGAACCCGGAUCUGCACAACGCGGAGUUGAGCAAGAUGCUCGGCAAGUCGUGGAAGGCGCUGACGCUGGCGGAGAAGCGGCCCUUCGUGGAGGAGGCCGAGCGGCUGCGCGUGCAGCACAUGCAGGAUCACCCCAACUACAAGUACCGGCCGCGGCGGCGCAAGCAGGUGAAACGGCUGAAGCGGGUGGAGGGAGGCUUCCUGCACGGCCUCGCCGAGCCGCAGGCCGCCGCGCUGGGCCCCGAGGGCGGCCACGUGGCCAUGGACGGCCUGGGCCUGGCCUUCCCGGAGCAGGGCUUCCCCGCGGGGCCGCCGCUGCUGCCCCCGCACAUGGGCGGCCACUACCGGGACUGCCAGGGCCUGGGCGCGCCCCCGCUGGACGGCUACCCGCUGCCCACGCCCGACACGUCCCCGCUGGACAGCGUGGAGCCGGACCCGGCCUUCUUCGCCGCGCCGCUGCCCGGGGACUGCCCGGCGCCCAGCGGCUACAGCUACGCGCAAGUCUCGGACUACGCGGUGGCCCCGGAACCGCCCGCCGGGCCCUUGCACCCGCGCCUGGGGCCCGAGGCGGCGGGCCCCGCCGUGCCGGGGCUCCUGGCGCCCCCCAGCGCCCUGCACAUGUACUACGGCGCCAUGGGCUCCCCGGCGGCGGGCGGCGCGCGCGGCUUCCACCUGCAGCAGCAGCAGCCGCCGCCGCCGCCGCACGCGCCCCCGGGCCCCGGCCAGCCUUCGCCCCCUCCCGAGGCGCUGCCCUGCCGGGACGGCACGGACCCCGGACAGCCUGCUGCCGAGCUCCUCGGGGAGGUGGACCGCACGGAAUUCGAACAGUACCUGCAUUUCGUGUGCAAACCCGAGAUGGGCCUCCCCUACCAGGGACACGACUCCGGCGUGAAUCUCGCGGACAGCCACGGGGCCAUCUCCUCCGUGGUGUCCGAUGCCAGCUCCGCGGUAUAUUACUGCAACUACCCUGACGUCUGACGGCUCCCAAUCCGCCCCAGCCCGCAGGCCGGCAGCACAGUGUUAGCACACUUCCUGGAAAAGCUAAGGAAAUCCUUAUCCUCCUGUUUGGUUUUGUUUUUAAGUCGCCUUAGCACAUAAUUUAUGGUAAUUUAUUUUGUCUACCACUUGAACAGUUGGGGUGUGUGUGAACCUUGUUUAAAAUAUGCAGGGACUUAUUCCCCAUAACAUUGUCAAAACCCUGUUUUCAAAUUCAAUCCAGCCAGUUUUCAUGUGUUCAUUUCUUUAAAUUUCUUGCUCCAUUUCUUGAAAUUUUACUGAUCAAAGAAAUUGUUUCCUGGGUGUGUUUUUUUAAAAGUAUUUUUAGAAAUAAAUCUGGAAGUCUGUUUUUCACUCCA